AUGAAUAAACCCGCGCAGGGGAAGGCAGCCGAGGGGGGCGCCAAAUCUGUGGGGAGCAUCAAACCUGGGGGGAGCAUCAAACCUGGGGGGAGCGGCCAACGCGGCUUACCCAACAAGGAGAGGCAAAAAAUAAAGCCAAUCCAGGUGAGGCGAAGCUUGAAGGACAUCCUAGUGAACGAAAAUCCGAGUCAGCUCAUCCUCAAUUACAGCGGGAGAAAAAUAGCGAGCGCUUUUCCUGAAGAAGAUGUGAUGCAUCAAGACAUUUUAAGUGAGUCCCCCACGGAGGAACCAAUAAGCGGUGAAGACAAAAGGAAAAAAGGAGGAAACAUGGAAAGACUCAUUAGCACAGAAGCAAUCGAUAGCCACCAACAAAUUAUGAUGCAAGAGUUGCAAGAGCUCCUAAGCAAAGAUGACUUAACUGACGAAAUGAAAAAUAACAUUAAAUCGCUCUACAUACAAGUGCAAGAAAUUUAUAUAGAAAUAAAAAACGACUUAAAAAAGAAUUGCCCUUCAUCGGAGGACAUUUUAAAUUUGUAUCGAUCGGAUGACCUGAACAAGAAGAGUAAGAAUGCCAUUUGGAAAAAAUUUUGUUUUUAUAAAAUGCUUGGGGACCAGAUGAGCGACAUUCACAUUUGCACCAUUUCGUCGUACAGGCUAAAAUAUUUGAAAACCAUUUAUAAGUGGUACUGCAAGAAUAAGCGCGUUUUGUUUGGCGGUCGGUUUGGUCGUCGCUCUGGGGGGGGAGGGCCCUCUGCGCGCGGCGACGACACGGCUACGGAGGGCACGUCCAGUGAUGUCACCACGGGGGGGGGUUCUUCCAGUGGGGAUGCUUUCAAUGGGGCUGCUCCCAAUGGUGGCGCUGCCAAUGGUGACACCGCCAACGAUGUGGUCGGAGCGCAGGAGCAGGUCGCGGAGGGGGCCAUGGACGGGAGCGACCCAGUUGAGGCUGCUGCCCCCGGCGACGAAGUGACGUGUGAGGAGGGGGGAACAUCCCAGACGGGGGAUGGCUCAUCACCACAAGGGGGAGAAGCGAAUGGGGUGAAAAAAAAGGGAGACGAAAAGGGAGGUGCCGCAGGACACUAUGGGAGGGAAACUUCCGACCAGUUCGAUGACCUUCUCACGAGGCACAUGCAAGAAAUAAAGAGGCCUGGUGAUGAUGGGGAGAAGAGAGAAGUCGAUUGGAGCCAUCAGCAGCAGGAAAAAGCGCAAAACAAACCGAGAGACAACAUCCUAGCGGGUUACAUAUUUCCCUGUUCGCUGUUUGAAAAGGGCACAGCCGAGGGGGAGGGAGACAAGCCAUUUGGCAGUGAACACAGAAAGGAUGCCAUCCCGUUGGAGUGCACCCAGGAGGACUUACUGCCGACCCAAAUUGACACAAAGAGGAUCAUGGAGCUGGAGGAGGAAAUCAAACGGCAGAAGCUGCUAAUCAAGGAGAAGGAAAUUGAAAUAAUUAACUCCCCGAUUGGGAUUAAAUUUAAGGACAUCUUUGGGAACUUCCAGGACAUUGACAUAAACGAGUGA